CCCUUUUUCCACUUCUUUUCUUUCUUUUCUUGGGCCUCAAAUUUCUCUCCCCCGUCGCCAAACUCUCUCCUGCUUGUCUCCUCGUUUCUUUACCCUCUGCGACGCUGUGAUACCCUGGAAAAGACCGUCAAAAUGGUUGAGAAGCUCUACGUCACGUACAACGAUGUGCACAAGAUGUGCCAGCAGUCGGCCGACAAGAUCCUCGCGGAUUUUGAGCCCCAGCUCAUGAUCGCCAUCGGCGGCGGUGGCUACGUCCCUGCUCGAAUCCUCCGAUCCUUCCUCAAGAAGCCCGGUUCUCCCAACAUCCCCAUCCAGGCUAUCGGCCUGUCUCUCUACGAGUCGCUCGGCAACGACGAGGUUGAGGCCCCCGGUACUAAGGUUACCCGGACUCAGUGGCUCGACCUUACUGCGCUGGGCGAGAUGGAGAACCUUGUCGGCAAGCGAAUCCUCAUCGUUGACGAGGUUGAUGAUACCCGGACGACCCUCGAGUACGCCGUCAAGGAGCUCGAGAAGGAUGUCGAGAUUGCCCGUCAGCGCAUGGGUGCCGGCGCUCCUACUCCCAAGACCGAGUUCAGCAUCUUUGUGCUCCACAACAAGGACAAGGUCAAGAAGGGCAAGCUCCCCGACGACAUGCUUGCCAAGCGUUACUCGGCUGCCUCGACCGUCGGCGACGUCUGGAUCAACUACCCCUGGGAGGCUACGGACAUUGACGAGCACGACAGGCUCGCUGGCCAGCAGCCCAAGUCUAACUAA